CAAAAAACACUCUUCGUACGCUGUCUCAAGGAUAACUCUUUGAUCGUCAAGCUCAUCACACCACACCACUCCACACCAUCAUGUCCUCAAAUAAGACAAUCCUCUUCCUCGGCGCAACCGGCGGAGUCGGGCUCUCCGCCCUUCGCCGCUCCGUAGCAGCCGGCCACACAUGUGUCGCGCUGUGCCGCACCCCCGCCAAACUGUCCGCCCUAUUCCCGACAACUCCCGCCAACCUGCAUCUCGCCCAGGGCAACGCACACGACGCGGACUCGCUCGCCCGCGUGGUCGUCCCCCCAUCCGACCCAACCCGCCUCGUCGACAUCGUCGUCUUCUCCAUCGGCGCGCGGCCCACCCUCAAGGGGAUGGAUGACCCGCACGUCUGUGAGAGGGGCAUGACGGCGCUGUUGUCUGCGCUCCGGACCUGUCGCACUGAAAGGAACGCCACUGGAAAGCCGAAGAUUGUGGUGGUCAGCACGACGGGGAUAUCCAGUGCCGGCAGGGAUGUUCCGCUGGCGAUGGUGCCCCUGUAUAAAGUGCUGCUUCACACGCCGCACGUUGACAAGAAGAUCAUGGAGAGGCUGCUCUUGGAUUCUGGGGAGGAGUGGACCAUUGUGAGGGGCAGUUUGUAUACCAACGGGCCGGAGACGGAGGGGCUGGUGAGGGAAGGGAUGGAGGAUCCGGUUGCCGGUGUCUUGGUGGGGAAGCCGGCUAUCGGGUACACGAUCAGCAGGGAGGAUGUGGGCAAGUGGGUGUUUGAGAACUGUAUAAGUGAUGAGAGCGGGAAGUGGGUUAGGAAGGCGGCUAUGAUUACUUAUUAGGAGAGUCAGGGUGAUUGGUUUUUGGUGGUUCUCGUUUUGAUUGUCUGUGGUCUGCUCGCAAGGCGUCGGCAUUGGGCUUCAAUGUGUUUUCAUUUG